AAAUGCAUCUAUAAAUCUGCGAGUGCAUCAGUUCAGAAGCUUAGAGAGAAAAUGGCUGUAAUCGAGUCACUUCUGCAGUUUCUCAGCACAGGAACAUUACUGGGCGCGUUGCUGUUGCUUCUGGUUUUGUUUUUGCUUUCCACUGGAUCCAGAUCUCAGAAAGAGGGGAAAGAGCCACCGGGACCCAAACCUCUGCCGCUGCUGGGGAACCUGCUGACCCUUGACCUCGAGAGACCCUUUGACGCCUUUUGUGAGCUGUCCAAAACCCACGGAAACAUAUUCCAAGUGUUUUUGGGUCCCAGAAAAAUAGUUGUCUUAAUUGGGUACAAAACUGUCAAAGAGGCUCUCGUGAACUAUGCAGAAGAGUUCGGCGACCGAAAAAUUGAACCUGGUUGCAGGAUAACGCACAACGGACAUGGAAUCCUCUUUUCCAAUGGAGAGAACUGGAGAGAGAUGCGACGCUUCGCUCUCAGCAACCUGCGGGACUUCGGGAUGGGCAAGAGAGGAAGUGAAGAGAAAAUCAUAGAGGAAAUUCAGUAUCUGAAAGGAGAGUUUGAAAAGUUUGAAGGGAAACCCUUCGAUACAACACAGCCUGUGAACUACGCUGCGGCAAACAUCAUCUCAUCUAUUGUGUACGGCAGCAGAUUUGAAUACACAGACCCUCAAUUCACAGAAAUGGUCGAUAUGACAAAUGAAAAUGUUCGAGUUAGUGGAUCGGUUUCUAUGAUGCUUUAUAAUACAUUUCCGUGGUUGGGUCCGUUCCUCAACAGCAAAAGGAUUAUUGUAAGAAAUGCGUUGAAACUUAGAGCAGAAAUGACGAAGUUGAUCACUGGACUGCUGGAGACUCUGAAUCCACACGACCGCAGAGGGAUUGUCGACUCCUUUCUCAUCCGCAAACAGAGCGACGAGAUCGAGUUCAUGAGGAGAUUGACCGAGUGAUCGGUGGACGUCAGCCAGUGGUGGAAGAUAGAAAGAAAUUACCGUAUACAGAUGCAGUGAUUCAUGAAAUCCAGAGACUGGCUGAUAUUGCUCCCUUGACUCCGCAUAUGGUCACCUGUGAUGU